CGUUGAUACUUAUAAUACUGUGAUCAAGUCCUUUUGUGAGUCGGGUUCUUCGAGCUCAUGUUAUUCAGUGAUUGAUGAGAUGGUUAGGAAGAAAUGGAAGCCUAAUGCAACUACAUUUGGUAUUUUAAUUUCUGGGUUUUAUAAGGAGGAGAAGCUUGAUGAGGUUGGGAAGGUGCUGGAGAUGAUGAAGAAGCUAGAAGUGCCUAUAGGGAUUGGAACAUAUAACACUAGGAUUCAAAGUCUGUGUAAGCUUAAGAAAACUAUGGAAGCAAAAGAGUUGCUUGAUGGGCUUAUGUUAACUGGGAUGAAACCAAAUUCGGCUUCUUAUUGUCAUUUGAUUCAUGGGUUUUGCAAGGAAGGGAAGUUGGAUGAAGCCAAGAACUUGUUUAACAAGAUGAUCAGUAGUGGCUUUAAACCGGACAGUGAUUGCUAUUUUACAUUAGUCAAUUAUGCAUGCAAAGCUCGUGAUUUUGAAGCAGCGUUGAUGUUUUGCAAGCAAAGUAUGAAGAAAGAUUGGGUUCCCAAUUUUUCGACUAUGAAGUUGCUUGUUGAAGGGCUUGGCAACAGUUUGAGGGUUCAUGAAGCAAAUGAGCUCGUGCAGCAGAUGAAGGAGAGGUUCCCGAAAAAUGCCCAUAUGUGGAAUGAAGUAAAAGAGAAUUUACUCAAAGGAGAGGAUGCUUGACAUAGUAUGCUGAUGCCAGGUUCUGUCUUGCCUUCAUAUGCUUCAGUCUUGGAUCUCUUGGAUGCAUUUCGGAGGUCUCUUCUAUUUUCUUGUGGUCUAGUGGAUUCAGGUCUCACAGAAGUACCGGCUCGGUACAUCCAACCACUCGACCAACGAAUCAACAAGCAAGAUGCAGCCGUGGCACUUCAAAACAUGACCGUUGAUCUAUCUGAGCUCGAUGGUCCUAACCAUGAGCAAGUGGUCAAGACCAUUGCUCAUGCUGCUGAAACUCUAGGGUUCUUUCAGGUGGUGAACCAUGGUGUGUCCUUAGAGCUCAUGGAGUCGCUUAAAGUUGCAGCCCACCGGUUUUUUAGCCAACCGGCUGAAAAGAAGGCGGUUUAUCUCAAGGGGGUGAGCCCGAGUCCGAUUGUCAAGUAUGGUACUAGCUUUGUUCCUGAGAAAGAGAAGGCUUUGGAAUGGAAGGACUAUGUAAGCAUGGUUUACACUAAUGAUGCCAAUGCUCUUGAGUUUUGGCCUAAUGAAUGCAAGGAAGUGGCUCUCGAGUACAUAAAGAUGUCAACGGAAAUGGUGAAAAGGCUAUUACGAGCACUCAUCGGUAACCUAGAAGUAAAACUAGAUGAGUCAACACUCGAUGCCCUUGUAGGUUUAAGGAUGGUGAACAUGAACUUCUACCCGACGUGUCCAAACCCCGAGCUGACCGUUGGUGUGGGGAGGCACUCUGAUAUGGGCACGCUAACCGUCCUUUUACAAGAUGGCAUCGGUGGAUUAUACGUGAAAAAAGGCGAAGCCUCGUCAUCGGCAAACGAAGAAUGGAUCGAGAUUCCACCCGUCCAUGGUGCUUUGGUCAUCAACGUUGGUGAUGCACUACAGAUUUUAAGCAACGGGAGGUACAAGAGUGCGGAACAUAGAGUGCGAACCACAAGUGUCGAGUCAAGAGUGUCGGUUCCAAUAUUCAACGCCCCAUUGCCGGUGGCGAAAAUUGGACCAUUGCCCGAGUUGGUGGCUCGUGACGGUGUUGCUCGAUAUCGAGAACUCGUAUUUGAAGAUUACAUGAACAACUUUUUCGGGAAAUCUCACGAAGGAAAGAAAUCGCUCGAUUUUGCAUCUAUUUUGUAAUAUUAAUACCAGUUCCCUGUGAAGCUUUAUCCCUCCAUUGAAUCAAAUGGUGUUUCUUGUGUGUAAUAAAAGACUUGUGAUGAUGAAAUCGAAUUGUUAAGUUUCU